UAGGUAGGCUUAUCUUGAUUGACAGUCGCGCUCGCGCUCGGUAGUAGAUUCAGAGCGCUGUAGCUUUGGCGCUGUCCACACGAGAGCAGGUUCUGAAACGCGCCGUGAGCUCGUGCAGUGAUUGCGCGGUGAGGACGGAGGAUCGGGCACUGCUUCUCGCCGACGGAGCGCUCACACGGGAAGAACAUCCGAUGCGACCAGACAGACAAAUUACACUACCGUAUCAGACAUCUGAGACUUUCCGUGGAUUUUUACGCACUGGUUCAAAACUUGAUAAACCCAGUUUUCUUCUUCGGGACAUUUCUUGGACAUUUUUUUCAAGUUAAAAUUCUUCGCGCAAUGGCUAUUUUUUAUUUUCUAUUUAACUUUGGCAAACAUUUUGAUUCGGGGUUCAUACCACGUACUUUGUAAUCUCAUAAAUCCACGGUCGUAUGUCUUUUGUUUGGGGAUCUUCGUAUGGUCGGAGUUACCUGCAUUUUGUUUCUUUCUAAAAAGAGAGUCUGAGAACGCGCUUUGGGCGAUUAGAAGAUCAAGAUGCAAGGAAACGCAAGGUUUACGUGAAGAUACGAUGAACAUGAAAUAAAUGAUUUGGCUUGUCAGAAACCUCACCCGGAUUGUACAGACCCCUGUUAGAGACGCGCUCUGACAGUGCGAACCUCAGUCACAGUUCACGGGUCACGGUCAGUGGAGCGAGGAUGUCAAGAUAGAGCUUGGAAACGAGACUUCUACAUUUGUAUCUAAAGCUUAAGACUGUUUGGACUAAUACUACAAUUUGUAGAUAUCGCCAGGACUUUUUCUUGAAAUUCAGUUUUUUGUGAAUCCCAGCUGAUGUCUGAGUUGGUUCACUCUGGAUGUUGGGCCGCAGAAGCAGUUGUGUGAUCCUGCAUGGUUGUACCCUGACCGCCCAUUUACAUUUUUGUUGAUUAAUUAAUGUUGAAUCAGAAAAAUUGUUAUUUAUGAAUGACCUCUUUUCCUUUACCCCGGUGAGAAUCACAAAAACUAUUUACGUAUAUUCUUCUGCUCUUGACCUUAGGCCUAAUAGGGUUAGGUUCAAUAGUUUAUUUUCCAUCAAAGUUUCUGUGGACUUCCACACAGCUCAAACUGUUUAAGAGAAACAUUUCCGAGCAGAGCGGACAGAAUACACACGCAGAAACCUUUAAAAGAGAAAAAAAGGACAUUCUAAACUUUUUGGUGUUUUUUUCAUUGGAAGGCCUCUUCUACUGACCGAUGGAAAUCCACUGCAAACACGACCCGUUCGCAGCAAUGCACAGGCAUGGAGGGGUGAAUCAGCUGGGUGGGGUGUUUGUAAACGGGCGGCCCUUGCCUGACGUGGUGAGGCAGAGGAUAGUAGAGUUGGCCCAUCAGGGCGUACGUCCGUGUGACAUCUCCCGCCAGCUCCGGGUCAGCCACGGCUGCGUCAGCAAGAUACUGGGCAGGUACUAUGAGACAGGCAGCAUCAGACCAGGGGUGAUCGGAGGCUCCAAACCAAAGGUUGCUACACCCAAAGUCGUGGACAAAAUCGCUGAUUACAAACGCCAAAACCCCACCAUGUUUGCCUGGGAGAUCCGAGACAGACUGCUGGCAGAGAGAGUGUGUGACAAUGACAGCGUGCCCAGCGUCAGCUCAAUCAACAGGAUCAUUCGCACUAAAGUCCAGCAACCACCUGGCCAAUCAGGACCUCUCUCUGCCCAUAACUUAGCCUCUACAGUGGCAGUGACCCAGGUAUCUGCAGUAACCAGUGAUGCUGCAGGCUCCUCAUACUCCAUCAGUGGGAUUCUGGGAAUAAGCUCACCCGCAGACGCAAACAAACGAAAGAGAGAUGAAACUCUACAGGAUUCUCCUUUGGCGAAUGGCCACGCCCACUCAGGCCGGGACUUCCUGCGGAAGCAAAUGCGAGGAGAGCUCUUUACACCACAGCAGCUCGAGGUAUUGGACCAUGUCUUUGAUCGACAGCCAUAUCCUGACAUUUACCCCGUCCCUGACAGCAGCAGCUACAAGGCCGCCCAGACAUCCGAUUACUCGGCAAUGGCAUCUUUGGCUGGCGGACUGGAGGAGAUGAAGAACAGUUUGGCCAAUCAGACGGGAGCAGAACUGGGUUCCACUGUUGCAGGGCCUCAAUCGUAUCCACUUGUGUCUAGUCGCGACCUGGCCAGCACCACGCUCCCUGGUUACCCUCCUCAUGUUCCUCCAACUGGGCAGGGUAGUUACUCCACACCCUCCCUCACAGGGAUGGUACCUGGAGGAGAUUUCUCUGGCAGUCCUUAUUCCCAUCCACAGUAUUCAACUUACAACGAAUCCUGGAGAUUUGCAAACCCCAGUCUACUAGUGUUCCAGCAGGAGUACGGUUCUUUACUGGGCUCGGAGAGAGCAGCUUCAUCAGGUCUGUUCCCUGGCCAAACCCCACAACCUACAGGAUCUCCAUACUACUAUAGCGCAGCCACACGGGGAGCGGGAACAGCUGCCACAGCUACUGCCACUGCCUAUGACCGCCACUGACCAGCUGGACAGAGCAGAGGAGGAAUGGUGGAGGAGUGAGUCAAACAAAAAAAAAGGAGCGAGAACGGAUUGAUAGCAGCCACGCAAGACUGUCUAACUUAGAAGCAAAGAAACGAAGGAGGAGCAGGAAGGAGAAAGAAGAAAGAAAGAAGAGGUGACAAUGUUUUCCUGCCGAUUACAAUCAAUGGUCCAGUCAGUAGCUUCGACUGAUGUUUCUCAUUUCUGUUGAUUAGUGCGAAGUAUACACCCAUUCACCUGUAUUCCUAUGGUCUCGGCUCACACGAAAUCUGUUAUUGCUUUGAUUUAUCUUCUGUCAUUAAAGCCUUGCUUAUCCUAUCGUC